AUGCCAGCACCUCACCCGCAGCCUGAUCCCCAAGAGGCGGCCUCUCCUCCGCCGUCGUACAAACGGCGCAGGAUAGCGCUAGCCUGUACUUCCUGCAGGAACCGGAAAUCACGUUGCAAUGGUGCGAAGCCCUCAUGUAGCCUCUGUGUCGAGCUCGGGUUUGAGUGUAUCUACCAACAACCAACCGCCGGCAGUAGCAAACCUAUCCAGGCACCCACCGGUUAUGAUGAACGCCUCCGUGCCAUAGAAGAUACAUUGCGACAACUCGUGCAGCAGAAGGACCAGUCACCAGGGCAAUCAGACCAGUCCAACCACGAUGCUGAAGGUGCGAGCCGACAGUUUCGUGGAAGUGUUGAAGUUCUUCCACCUACCCACGACGGAGACUAUGUUGCUAUCCUGGAUGACGACGACCUUGCACAACAAAAUGGUGGCGAGGACUCAGUAGACGGCAUGGCGGCCAUCACUGACCCAGAGGAGAAAGAGGUUCGAUUCUAUGGACCCUCUUCCAACAUAUCACUUCUGCGUGAGAUUUCGGAUGCGACUUCUGCUUCUCUCAAAGCCAUGGGUCAAUCAAGACAUGCGGAGCAUAGUCUGACAGCCGACAUCGUGUCUCGGGCAGUCUCGCCCAUGACGACUCUGCCAUCUGAAACGAGCCCUAUAGCCCGGCAAGGCAUCAACGUACGAUCAUUGCCGCCAGAGAACAAAGCGCUUUUGUUGAUAAAGCUCUUCUUCGCCGACACUGGGAUGCUCUUUCCGUACAUCCAUGAAGAACCCGUCCUUAGGACUUAUGCAAAUGCCAGGCGCAACAGAUUGACCGCAGUCAGUCGAUCUUGGUUAUGUCUGCUUAACGUUAUCUUCGCCUUUGCCACGUAUAUCAGUGCAAAGCCAGAUCAGACGGCGGAAAAGAAUGCGGCAGAAUCAGAUGUGUUCAUCGAAAGAGCACAGGCGCUGGCAUCUGAGAUAGAGAUGAAGUCUGCCAGACUCGAAACAGUACAAUGUCUCUUGUUGAUGGCACAGUAUCGGCAAGGCACACAAAGAUCUGACCAAGCCUGGAAUCUUCAUGGAUUGGCAGUCAGGGCAGCUUUGCAACUGGGCUUACAUUCACGGAAUGCCUCCGCCGACUGUUCUUUGCUAGAAGCAGAGCUUCGUAAGCGAGUAUGGUUCGCUUGUGUGGUUCUAGACAGAACAUUAUCUAUGACAUUCGGCCGACCAUCAACUAUACCAAACGAAUACGUAAAACUGGACCUUCCGGUCAACCAGAAGCUAGAAAAGCUUGCAAUAAGCUCAAUUGGAACUAUUACAACCUUGAGCGGAACUGUAGAGCCGCCCGACACUGUUUGCCUCUACAUUGCCACAAUCCAACUUUACUACAUCCUGGGCGACGUUAUCACUCAACUCUACGGCUCGAAUGUCGACUUCGACCCAGACAUAUCCAUGCUUACUCUCAUAGAACGAACACUAGCCCUGGAACAAAGGCUGUCUGUCUGGAAGCGCAACCUAUUUCCGCAGCUCCAAAGGAGACCUUGGGAUACAUUCGACUCGGAAUCAAUCUCAACAUCCACAUGGGACCCGGUCUUUGAUAGACUAAGUGUCAUCAUCACGUUGAGGUAUCUGAAUACUCGCAUAUUGCUGCAUAGGCCGGUCCUCAGUGCCUUCUUGAGAAAACGAGCGCAUUACAGAGCAGCCACGGUUCAAAUGGACGAUGAGGACCCAUACUUUCUGGAUCUGGCCGAGAAAAGCCUCCUGAUUUGCGAGCAGUGUGCUGCAGAAAUCGUGCAGAUUGUUUACAAAACCAGCAAGCCUCCUACGCUACUCGGAGCAUGGUGGUUCUCAGCAUACUAUACUUUUAAUGCAGCCCUCGUCAUUUUCGGGUGCAUUUUACUCAAAAUCACCACUGUCAAUAAGUGGAGCCACGGCGGAGCGACCAUCACAAUAUCAGAAUCCUUCGACUGUGACAAGGUCAUCGGGAUGAUCACUUGCCUACGCCGAGCUGCAGAAGCGUUACAACGGUUCGGUGAAGGCACUCGAUCGUCCAAGAGAAUUCAGAGAACCUUGGUAAAGCUUGUUCAGAUCUGUAUGACUCUUGCACAAUUCAAUCCGGAGCAUGGCCCCACGGUUCUGUCGGCUUUCUCAUCUUACCAGAAUCCUUCGGACCCUGCCCAGAUGCAGGCACAGCAAGAGUCAAGAAUGACGACGCAAAAUGCCGGCGGCAUGGGCCCACCUGCACUGCUCAAUGGUGCCUUGUCAAACACGAUACAACCCGAUGAUCCCUUUGCCAUGUUCGAUAUGCAUAUGCCUCAAUAUUGGACAGAUGCGAAUUUGGAUCUCUUCUCAGAUCUUGUUGGUGUGGACACCGGCAUAGCGGCAAUGUUAUCUGGCUGAGGAUGCACAGAUUUCGUCUGGAAUGGUGUCGAUCAAUGAUCUAUGGAGUUACGAUGCAUUAACCGUUCGGCAAUCCUUACAACAAAUUCUGCCGCAGGUAGCUGUCCUGGCUACUGAUGCAGUCAUCCAUGCCACGAAGCAAAGACAGUGCAAUGCUGCUGAAGGCGUGGGUUACGCUAGCAUUAUCAUGAAAGCUAGCACGGAGUUCCACUGAACUGGUCAACUAUUCACCUAUCUCAAUUUCCGGUAGUCCCUGGCGGCGGCAAUAUGUCACCAGAAUCAAAAGUCGCAGAUCAGGACUUCCUUGCCACAGCCAAAAGCCACUGGCUCACCUCUUGGC